CAUACACCCAGUGCUAUCUAUAAUAAGCAGCCAGUGGCAGGCAGCAGCCAAUAGGGAAGAAGCCUGUGAUGACAUCACAGGCCCUGUAGAAAAGGUGCAGAGCUCAGUGCACACAGGACUGCAGAACAGAAAUAAAGAAGAGAGCUUCUCACUUUAAGGGAUUACACCAAGUCCAUGCAGAAGACCCUCCUCCCCCAUUACUCAUACUCAGCCCUGCCUGCAGGAAGAUCCACAGGACCCACACACCACUCUCAAGUUGAUUUGGGUAAUUUAGUUGUGAUCAAUAAAUAAGAAAUCUAUUUCUCCGGUGCACAAACUUCUGUUCCUUUUUUGGAGGACUGAAUCAAAGAUGUUGCAGAUGAUUACUGGAUCCUGUCCCUUCUGCACUGUGAAAGGCCAAGAUGUCUAAUUGCAUCUUUUUCAUCUGAUCUUUAUAGCAUUUAAAGCUUUAGGACAGUUGUGCUUGCGACCAUACCGAGAAGUCCUGCAACUCCAGAGGCCACCUGAGGAUCCCCACCACACCAGCAGCCGCAACAAUGUCCUCAAGGUUAGCCUUCUAGCUAUCGGGAUCAUCACAUGACAUUCUUGAGGAAGGACACCUUCUUAGGACAUUGACUUUUAACACCAGUGGGUUUUUGGUUUCAUCAUCGGCAAAAAAAAGGUCCCAGGAACCAGUCUGCUCCUCAGGGGGGACAGUCAAUGCAUGGCUUAGGACUUCAGUUUCUGGAAGUAGGUUGCAACUACCGCAGCAUCUGUAAAGAUUCCCACCACACGUGUUCUUUCCACGCUCCAGAGAUGCUUUUCCACAGUCUUUCAGGGGGGGAGAUGCAUGGGGUCAUCGACGAGAUGGACAGAAGAUCCAAAACUGAAGCCUCAGCCAUCAGCUCUGCCAUAGACAGAGGGGAGACUGAGACGACGAUGCCCUCCAUUAGCAAUGACAGGGCUGCUCUGUGUGCCGGCUGUGGAGGGAAGAUCUCGGACAGGUAUUACCUCCUGGCAGUGGACAAACAGUGGCACAUGCGUUGCUUGAAGUGUUGUGAAUGUAAAUUAAACUUGGAGUCUGAGCUGACUUGCUUCAGUAAAGAUGGCAGCAUCUACUGCAAAGAGGACUAUUACAGGAGGUUUUCAGUCCAGAGAUGUGCCAGAUGUCACUUGGGGAUCUCGGCCUCUGAGAUGGUCAUGAGAGCCAGGGACUUAGUCUACCACCUCAACUGCUUUACCUGCAACACUUGCAACAAAAUGUUGACCACUGGGGACCAUUUUGGGAUGAAGGACAAUCUGGUCUACUGCAGGCUCCACUUUGAGACUUUAAUCCAGGGAGAGUAUCAAGUCCAUUUUAAUCACUCGGAUGUGACAUCAGGGAAGGGUUCAGGACUGGGGUCUGGGGCUACCUCCUUGGGGCUGCCUUAUUACAAUGGUGUGGGGACUGUGCAGAAGGGCAGGCCUAGGAAGAGGAAGAGUCCAGGGCCUGGUGCAGACCUGGCAGCCUACAAUGCAGCUCUAAGCUGCAAUGAAAAUGAUGGAGACCACAUGGACAGAGACCAACAGUACACCCCCAACCAGAAAACCAAACGCAUGAGGACCUCUUUCAAACACCAUCAGCUGCGGACAAUGAAAUCUUACUUUGCUAUUAACCACAAUCCAGAUGCCAAGGACUUAAAGCAACUAGCACAGAAGACAGGCUUAACCAAAAGAGUUUUACAGGUAUGGUUUCAAAAUGCACGAGCCAAAUUCAGAAGGAACCUUCUUCGGCAAGAAAAUAAUGGUGUGGACAAAACAUCAGAUUCUACUCUUCAAGCCGGGACUCCAUCAGGACCAGCCUCUGAAAUCUCAAAUGCCUCAAUGAGUCCCUCCACUACCCCAACCACAUUAACAGACUUAACUAAUCCCACCAUGCCAACUGUGACCUCCGUACUGACUUCCGUGCCUGGCAGCUUGGACGUACGUGAAUCUCGAAGCCCUCCACAGACAACACUCACAAAUCUCUUCUGAUGACUCUUUCAAAGUUUCUUUAAAGAAAAAAAUAUUUUUAGUCGAUUUCCAAGUGUAUUUUAAUAGAGACUUUGUUCAAUGAAUAAUUUACAUUUUUGGUGGACGGUCUUGAAGAAGAGUCCUUUGUUCCGGUGUUUUCAUAAACUGAAGGAUUGCUUGGAAGAUGUAUCUGCAACACAACAUUUGUGUAACUAUACAGUUUCGUGGACUAAACAAGGGAAAGAACCAUUAAUUUAAGUUGGCUGAAUCUUCUGUAUUCUCAAAGACUGUUACGUGCCUUAUAUACUGUCUUAUCAACAUACAUUUUCUCUCUGUAUAUUUAUGACCAGAACAAAAUUGUUAAAAGUUUGUUACUUUUCAAUUAGUCCUAAAAAGUUACUUUGUUUUAGACAUUUUUGGACAGACCUUUGCUCUGAGUGAGUAGUGUAAAAUGUCAGCAUUUAUAGGUAACGUGGUGGUUUCUGUCAAUGACUUGCAAAGUUUGCACUGGUACUAACAUCCAGAUGGGUUUUUUUCUGGGGGGGACAACAUUUGUCAAGGGGAAGAAGGUUUUCAUAGAGCUUUUCGAAUUUUCAGGUGUGACAUGUAUAGAUUAACAUCUUGAGAAGCUUUUCUUUAUGAUGUCCUAGUCAAUGGUUUGACUCCUGUCAGCUUCCAGUCCAAUAAAUAAGCAUUUAUAACAAGCAGGGUUUGCGACAGAAAAAAAUUGUCUAGUUGAAGAAGUGUAUUAAAGAAGAUGAACACAAAUUAGCUGAUAACAUAACUAAAGGCCCAGUGAGAGUGCGUCUGCCCACCAUUGUUGGAAGUUCCCUUAUUUUGCUUUAAGCUUGGCUACAUUGUUCACUGUGAAAACUAUUUUCCAAUUGGAUUAAAUUAAGUUAUUUCCUGCAGUUACUGAAAUAUUUCACAAGCCACCACACAUCUCCAUGUGAGCUACAAGGCUAUACAGUAUUAGUGUUUACAUACAUUUCAGACUAGUUUGAAAAAGUCUACUCAUGAGUUUGGAAUGUGGGGACAUAACUACAAGAAAGCUAAUCUCCAAACCACCAUAAAACCAACUGCUAGAGGAUCCCCUGAAGUGUCCCUUACAACCAAUAUCCAUGACCUCUACUCUAAUACAUUUCAGAUUAAGAGUUUUCCUAGUGAUCCCUCCAUGAGGCCUUGAUUAGGAAACAAUAUUUUGCUUAGAAAAGCACCAUGUUGUUUAUAAUUCUCAUUGAGUAACUAUGCGAUUAUGGGCUCCAUCCGAAUGCAAUAGUUGUAUUUUUGAAUAAACCUGUCUGACAUGUUCCACAAGCUAUGUAAUGCAGAAAAUUACACUUGGUCAUUUUACAGCACUUUUAAGACUAUGUGACCUAUAAAUUCACUACACCGUGUUUCCAAUGUCUAACAAACUCAGUAUAGCUGUCUCCAAAAACCCCACAUCCUUGAAUGCAGAUGAGGACAUUAAGAAAGGCACAUGAUACCACACCUCACCUUAAAACAUAUCCCAUUCAGUGCCACAUCUGCCUGAAACACUUUGGAAUAUGUUACAGGCCAACUCUGACUCUGAGAGUCUCCAGAAGUAUUUAGAAAUGAUGCCCUUUAUGACUAAACUCCUAGUUAGUGUUCAUUAAUAAUAUUGAUAAAGCCAAUUCAAACCAACCUUGUAUAAAUUGAUGACCUGUGUGUAAUUUUUUGUAAAGUUUUGUUUGGUCUCUAAAAAAGAAAAAAGGUAUAAAGCAGGAAAAAAUACACUAAUAAACAAAAGCUGCUUCAUUUAUUUUGUUUUGGGCCCAUUCCAUUUCCUAGCACAGAGGUACUCUGAUUUGGCUCUCCGUCAGAUGUUGAUCUAUCAUCUCCAUUAAAAUUGUUUACCACCUGAUUGGCAAGUGGUUCAAUAAAAAUGGUGGGGGCUGUAGACCAACAGCAACGGGAGCCAAGACUACAGUACAGCUGCUUUAGAAUAUUGUGAAAAAUUUCCCCUAUUUGUAAUGUUGGAUAAGGUCAGAACAAUUCUGAGAUGUUGUUGCAUCUUUUGGAUGGAUAACUUUACCUCAGCAAUGAGUAAUUUUUAAGAUAGAAUGAACGUAUGCCUUUUUGUUCUUGUUUAAUACAGAAACGUUAGUGUUCUUGAUAUGAAGAAUAAAUUUUGUCCGUGACAUAAUUCCUUGUUGCAAAGAAGU